UAUCAACUAACAUGAAAAGGUUGGUGGGCCGUUACACUCGUAGUUGCUCUCACGCAUUUCCCAACACCAUCACUGUCUGCUUCUCCGCCAAGCCAUUUUCUUCUCCGAUCCUCCUUCUCUUUAACGCCAUAACCAAAUUUGAGAUUCAGGAGGUUUUGUUUCAUUCUGAUUAUGCUAUAAUUUGUUCGGUUAUACUUGAAAAGGAGUAAGAAUGUCUGAGAAACUAGUUGACAACAUUUUGGAGAACUUUGUCGAAACCAUUGCGGAAAAUGUUCCAAAGCAGAAAUCUGUUUCAUCAUUCUUCGAGGAGCAGACAUCAAGCUCGGUCAAUUCUCAUUUCAAUCGGUUGUUUGGACGCCAGAAGCCUGUCCAUCAUCUUUUAGGGGGCGGAAAACCUGCUGAUGUUUUGUUAUGGAGGAACAAGAAGAUCUCCGCCAGCUUUUUAAUGGGUGCAACAGCAAUUUGGGUGAUUUUUGAAUGGCUCAAUUACCAUUUUCUAACCCUUCUGUUUGUUGCUAUGGUACUCGGUAUGCUUGUUCAAUUUCUUUGGUUAAAUUUCGCUGGCUUAUUUAACAGAUCACCAUCUAAAGUACCCCGCCUUGUUCUGCCCUCAGAGUUAUUUGUCAACAUUGGUGUUUCAGUUGGUAAUCUGGUUAACCAGGCUCUGGGGUUUCUUCAAGAUGUUUCAUGUGGAGGAAAUUUGAAACAACUUCUUGGGGUUGUAGCAAGCUUGUGGGUCGCUGCUGUGAUAGGGAGCUGGUGCAACUUUCUGACCGUUUUAUAUGUUGGUUUCGUUGCUGCCCACACAUUGCCGGUCCUUUAUGAGAAGUAUGAAGAUCAAGUUGACAGCUUUGUAAACAAUCUUUUUGGGCAGUUUCAAAACCAAUAUCAAAACCUUGAUGCUGGUUGGCUCAGCAAGAUCCCAAAAGGAAAGUUCAAAGGGAAGAAGAGCGAAUAGAUUUAGUAGAGACGGAACAAAACAUGUUAUUGCCAUUUGUAAAAUAUUUGCUUUAUCAUAAAAGUUGCCUUGUUGAUCUUAAUUGGUGAGGGAUUGAAUUGAACAAAACUCAUUGUCUUCUGUGAGAUAUUGUAUUAUUUUAUGGUGGCAUAUUACUCUUCUAGUUUCAUUAA